AUGGCCAAAAGAUCCUGGAAUUUUCGAGGACAAGCCUUGUCUUUCGCCCAAAUCCUCACAGUUGUUUGCCCCGCGUAUGUCCUCUUUGGAUACAAUCAAUCUGGACUUGGAAGCCUCACAUCAUUAUCCGACUGGGUGAAACACUUUCCUGAAAUCGACACUGCCAAUACCACUGGGGCCCAGAAAAGCCACAAUGCAACGAUCCAAGGAGUUGUUAUUGCGACUUUCACAUUGGGUGCAUUACCAGGUUGUCUAUCCUGCUCAUACACCGCAGACAAAUUCGGUCGACGCCCGGUCAUAUUCAUGGGUGGACUUCUGGCUUUGAUCGGCCAAGUAUUGGAAGCAUCCGCUUUCCAACUGGCCCAGCUGAUUAUUGGUCGAACGAUUGUCGGGGUUGGUAUUGGCAUGCUGAGUGGCACGCUCAAAAAUCGUGGAAAACAUGUUGUGUUGGAUGGGCUUUUCAUUGCCCUUGGAUACAUGUUGCAAGCUUGGAUCAACCUUGGCUUUUACCAGUACAAAAUCGGCCCCGUGACCUGGCGCGCUCCUACCGCAAUCCCUAUUGCAUUUGAGGUUCUCCUGAUGGUUUCCAUCAUUUUCUUGCCUGAGUCUCCUCGGUGGCUAGCUCAACAAGGUCGCGUCGAAGAGGCAAGGGCAUCGCUUGCUUCUUUCAGACACGCCAAUGAAGAUGCGGCCGCGAUCACAGCAGAGCUUGCAGCCAUCGAAAGCUCUCUUGAGGAGACAGCCCAUAGCGCUUCAUCCCUCAAAGACCUGCUCACAAUGGGAGAAGAACGCCUGCUAUAUCGUUUCGGCAUAUGCAUCUUGUUGCAGUUCUUCCAACAAAUGUCUGGUGGCAAUCUUAUAUCAGUAUAUUCCACAACGAUAUUUGAUUCAGGAUUGUCUCUUGAUGCACAAACAUCCCGCCUUCUCUCCGGUGGUGUUCUAACUUGGAAGUUUUUAUCCUGCUUUGUCUCCUUCUUCACGAUUGACAGGUUUGGCCGUCGAUUUGCACUGAUUGUGAGCGGCACCGGCAUGGCUACCUGUAUGCUAGGUCUAGGAGUGGCAACCUCCUUUCCUAACUCAAACUAUACCGCCCAAAUAUUCAGUGUUCUUUUCGUUUUUCUUUUCAACUUUUUCAUUCCAAUCGGAUUCUUAGGGGCAAAUUUCCUUUACUGCACGGAGGUUGCUCCCACUCGGCUUCGUGUUGCUAUGUCCAGUAUAUCGACUGCAAAUCACUGGCUUUGGAACUUUGUGGUUACUAUGAUAACACCUGUCGCAAUUGAUACUAUCGGAUACAAGUACUAUAUUGUUUUUACUUGCAUUGGAUUCUGUAUCCCUCUAUCCAUUCAUUUCCUAUAUCCGGAGACCAUGGGACGUACACUUGAAGAUAUCGAUUUAAUAUUCCGAGAAAGUCCAUCUAUUUGGGCCACUGUUAGCUAUGCCAAGCAGAACUCCGGGAAUGAUCUGCUCGGUACUGAAGAUGAAAAAGAAGGAUGCGGUCACGAGGAAAAAAUUGAAACAGCUAUGAACGACCGUGUCAGUGAUUGA